UAGAACAAUUAUAUAUUUCUCGUGUUACGAGUGUUACUAAUUCCAAUCGAAAUUUCGAAAAGUUUUUUUAUCAUCUAAAAUCCUUCAAGUAUCUUUUAAUUUUUUUUCAUAACAGAAAAUCAUUAAUUUCUUUUGAAAAAAAAAUUAUAACACGUUCAAUAUCUUUUUUUCUGUUAAAUUUUAAAACUUUUUUUUGACGAUCAGUCUCUUUGUCUUUCUCUCUUUUUCUUUUAUAAGUGCACGUCAAAAUAAGCUCCUUGAAAAUACUUAGUUAAUCGCUAAACAGUAUGGAUGUAUAUUCGACUAAAAUUUAUAAAAGUAAAAUAAAACUGAGCUUGCGCAAAUCCUACUCCAAUAAAUAUCCCUUCUUCAUCAAGCUUACAAACUUUUGUGGCUUUAGUUAAAGCUGCAAUGUGACUGGAAGAUUGCUAUUUCAUUAUCGUUAAAAGUGUAUAUAUUGAAAAGUUUUUAUCAUUAUCAUUGAAAAAUAUGACAGCUUGGCAAACAGAAAACCAUAAAGCCAGAGAUGUAAAAAAAACUAAACGAAAUCCUGUUCAAAUUUCAACGAAAUUGCGAGUAGAUGAAGCUACUGGCCAUUUAAAAAAUAAAAAUUACACCAAAGCAUUGUCUCUGUAUGAUCAAGCAUUGGAAUUAAGUCCAAAUGACAAAACUGCAUUACUAUCAAGAAGCAAGUGUUAUUUAUUACUCGGAGAGCCUCAAAAAGCUUUGGAAGAUGCAGAAAGUGUUCUAACUGAAAAAGUCAAAGACCCCAAUAAUCCAAAAGCUAUUUAUUACAAAGCCGAAGCACUUUAUCAUCUUGGAGAUUUUGAAUUGAGCCUUGUUUACUAUCACAGAGGAAUUAAAAUUAGACCAGAGUUUGAUCAAUUUCGAUUGGGCAUUCAAAAAGCCAAAGAAGCUAUUCAAAAUAUCCUUGGAAAUAACGGUGGUUCAAUGAAGACUGCACCACUGAUAAACAUACAGAAAAUAAAAAAUUUAGAUGAUUUAAAAACUCAUGAACAAAGUGAUCAUCAGGUUAAACCAAAGCUUGAACAAUCAGAAAAUGUUGAUGAUCAAAAAUCAGCAAUUAUAACGGACAAAAAAAAUCAGUCUUCAUUGAUGAAGCAGAAGAAUAACACGCUCAAUUUUUUGGGACAACUCAAUGUUGAUAAAAAAUAUUUACAAAAUCUUUUAAAACGAUCAGAUAUUAAAGCUGCUCAUCAAGUGUCUGCUGAUCAUAUAACAAAAUAUGCCAAGGAAGGAAUAUUAUUCUUGAAUAAUCGUCAAGAAUUUUGGCGGCAACAACGAUCAUCUACUGCAUCAUCAAGCAAUCCAAUUUAACAUCAAUAAAUUCACAUAUUUUCUUAACCAAUAAGUCAAAAUGUUCAAGUAAUUAUAA